AUGCUCACCGUAAGCUACUAGAGGAAGAAGAAGGAGAAGAGCCUGGUGUGUGUUGUUGUGUUUUGAGGACGAGCUGCAUUUUUUUCACAUUAAAAUCUCUAUACUCAGCUGAAAUGGCUGUUCCAGGUGUUAAUAAGGAUAAUAUUCGAGCUGGAUGUAAAAGAUGUGGCUAUCCGGGUCACCUGACGUUCGAGUGUCGUAACUUUGUGCGAGUGGACCCCAGGAAGGACAUCGUUUUGGACGUUAGCAGCACAAGCACUGAAGAGAGCGAGGAAGAAGAGCAGGCGGCUGUCAGCAAGGAGAAGAUCUUUGGGAGCAAUUCUAAAGGUUCUCAGGAGGACUCAAAAAAGGAAAAGCACAAAAAGAAAAGUAAAGAAAGAUCCCACCGUAAAGCAAAAAAGAGGUCUUAUUCAUCUAGUGAUGAUGAUGAUGAGGAGGAGGAGGAAGAGGAGAGCAAAAAAAAGAAAAAGCACAAGAGCCAUAAGAAGAAAGGCAAAAAGGAAAAAAAAGAGAAAGAGAAAAGACGUAUGAAAAAGAGCAAGAAGAAACUUAAACAGACCUCCUCAUCCAGCAGCUCCAGCGGAUCUUCAGACACAGACUGAGAUGUUAAUGUUGUUAUUUUUGAUGUCGGCUCACCAGGACCAGCAUUUCUUAUGAACGUAAAGGCUCAGACAUUUGCGGCAGAUUUUAAUUAAAAUAAUUAUGAUCUGAAAUACCCAAAGACUAGGGGAGUUUCAGAGCCGUGUAUAGAUAUGUUACUGUUUAAGCAGUGAAUCUUUCUCCUGACAUUGGUAGCUAUGUUCUCUUAUGGAGGUUUAUUGUGCUGGUGGAAAGGUAACCUUUCUUAGUGUAUUUUUGAUGCAAUUAUGAUUUUGUACAGAAAGUAAAUAAAAACAUGUGGCUGUUACUUUUCUAUAA